AUGGCGACUUGUACACCACGUGCUCUAGUCGGAGCUUUUGUCUUGACGGUGUGGUUCUGGAUUCUCCGUUUCCUUAGCAGAGUAGCCGUGAUCUUCCCUGUUCGUCUAUUUGUGUUUGAUGCUGAGGCGUUCAUAUCUAACAUUGAACGGAAAUUCGGUAGAAAAUUGUCACUAGCCAAGAAUCCCAUCUGGAUUGAAGGUCUGCGUCUCGCCGCUUCCAAGACCAACACGGAAUGUCCAGAAUCAAUGCUAGUUGGACGAUGGAACCGAAAAGCGUAUGUAGAGUGGAAUAUUUUGAGGCCACUUUUGAUUGCAGAGGCAGCGCUUGCUCGACAUCCUGACAUCAGCAGCGUUCCAAUAUCUAAACCUAUAUUCAUUUCAGGUACUGGUCGGAACGGUUCUACGUUACUACAGGACAUCAUGUGUUGCUAUCCUAGUGUGCGCUACUUGACAAUACCUGACUGUAUGGACAUUGCCCCAUUAGAUGAAUCUCGAGAGUUUGAUCCUGUUUGGCGACAGGAGAGGCAGGAACUAUGGAGAGACAAUAUAGAAAUACACCAGAGGAGCAUUAUGAAUUUAGGCCAGAAUAGUCACAUGAUAUCAGACAAAUCUCCGGAGGAAUGUAUUGUGCUGUUGUCCAAGUAUCUCUUCUGGUUUCCUCUCUUGACAUUUGAUGGUAAUUGUGAUGGUGUGGAAUGGUCAUUGUCUCAGCCAGCCUUUACUCGCAAGGCAUAUGAGAUGUACAAGCAAGAACUAAAGCUCCUAUUAUAUUAUGAUCAAAAGAUUGAUGGGAUUGAUCCCAGUACUGUGCAGUUUGUCUUGAAAGCACCACUUCAUGUAGUAUAUCAUGAUGUCAUCAGAAAGGUUUUUCCAGAUGCAAUUAUUAUACGUUUGCACAGAGACCCUGUAGAGGUGACAGCCUCCUUCUGUUCAAUGUUUACUGCUAUACACAAAGCAUAUCCAACUAGACACGACCACGAUCCCACACACCUUGGCAAGAUGAAACUGAAGUGGGUAUUGCUGGCUUGCAAUCGAAUGGUGGAAGAGGGUGUUGGAGAGGGGAUGAUCGAUGUUAGAUACUUGGAUUUUAAGAAAGAUCCUGUUGGAACGUCUGCUAAAAUUGCAGCAGCAGUUGGUUUGGAGCAUAAUGAGGAUGUGGAACAAAAGAUAACAACUUAUUUAAAAGAGAGACGUAGGCAACCGCAAGGAACAAAUCCACACAACCCAGCUUUGUAUGGCCUUAAUCCAACUGCAAUUCGUCAAGAUCUUAGCAGCUACUGUGAGAUGUUUAGAGUGUAAUUAAUUUACUGUGCAUCCCUAGCCCCUGAUUUAAUUAAUGUAUCAGAUUUGGGUCAAUUAAAUGGGUAGUUUGCACUGUACUAAUCUAUUGACUGACGGUUUAUUGUUUUUUUCUCUUGAAGAAUUGCUAAGUAUUACACUCAUACUAAAAUCA